CAUUAACUAAUCCCGAAGAGGAUAGAAUGGCUUUGAGUAUGUUAAGAAUAAAUAGUCCAUCCACGAAAGUUUAAAGAUAGGGGACCUAAGUUACUGAAAUAUUCUUAGAAGUUAAAAAAAAAUUAAAAAAAAUCCUAUUACAAUGCAUUUGGGAGCUAAUGUACGUGUUAACAAAAUCGGCAUUGGAAUUACCAUAGGUCUCAUAUGCUUGUUCUAUCUGUAUUCCCAUAGAGGACCUGCAUAUUCUAGCAUUGAUAACAGAGAUGUUGUCUCAAUGAAAGCCUUAUUAGCUGGUGCUAUCAAGGUGGCCGAAAUUGGUGGUCUUGAGGUAAUCUCUGUUCACGAUAAUUUACACUCUCUAAAUCUAGCGAGCAAAGGAAAGACCAAAGAAGGUGUCAAUGAUCCAGUGACGGCUGCUGAUUAUAGAUCACAUUGUGCAAUGUAUCACGCUUUGCUGGAUGCCUUUCCAAGAAUAACUAUAAAAUCAGAGGAAAAAUCCAUAGGCUGUGACAAAGUGGAAAUUUUAGACUUGAAGGAAUAUUUAAAAAACCCUGAACCAUUCGGUAAUAAUUAUGACAGCGCUGUGAAUGCUAAUGAUAUUACAGUAUGGAUUGAUCCUCUGGAUGCUACAAAAGAAUACACAGAAAAUCUCUUACAAUACGUUACUACCAUGGUAUGUGUUGCCAUAAAGGGUCAGCCGGUAAUGGGGGUCAUUCAUAAGCCUUUUGACAAUAAACAGACAUAUUGGGCUUGGGUCGGCCACGGUCAAUCUGCAAACCUGCAUGUUGAAACGCCAAAGAAAGGGAAGCCACCAGUUCUUAUAGUAUCGAGAUCUCAUGCUGGCCGUGUCUAUAAUGCUUCGAAAAGUGCUUUGGGUCAAGAUGUUCAAGUUGUAUCAGCAGCAGGGUCAGGAUAUAAGUCGCUAGAAGUUGUCGUUGGAAACGCAACAGCUUAUGUACACAUGACUGCGAUAAAAAAAUGGGAUAUUUGUGCUGGAGCUGCCAUAAUUAGUGCAUUGGGUGGCAAAAUGACUCCUCUCUCAGGUCCACCACCAAUUGGAUUUGGACCAGAAGAUGAUACAUUAUUGAAUACCGGUUUAAUGGCUACUAUGAAUGAUCAUCAAUGGUACCUGGACAAAUUUUAUACCGCUUAAACGAAAUUUCUAAUAUCACACGAAAAAGACUAACGAAAUAUGCUUCAAUUAAGUCACACUUCUCACGAAGAGUGAAAAAACUUGAGAAUAGACAUUAAUUGUAAACGUAUCUCCUCUAGCUCUGUAAAGAAAUCCAAAUACCUAGUACUUAUAAAUGAAAGUAAUUGAAAGCUAUAAAUAUUUUUUUAUUCUGCAUGAUGAGUUUGCUGGAAUAUUGAUGAAACUUGUAUUUAUUUACCCUGGGUUGCAAUGAGCAUCUAUAUUAAUAUUGUAUAUAAGAUUGAUUCUAAUUAGAUAUAGGAUAAGAAAUAUAUAAAUCAGAUGUAAUUAGUUCAGCCAAGAUAGGGUGUAAUAUUGUAGACAAUAAAUUGCACUUGAAAAAU